UGAAAGAAAUAGCAUAUCAUCAAUAGAAGAUCGUUCCUUUGUCGAACUAAGCGCUUUAACAAAUUUACGUUUAAAUGGAAACCAACUUACUGCACUCCGAAAAGCAAUGUUCUCGUCCUUGAAAAAUUUAAGAGAUUUGUAUCUUGAAAGAAAUAGCAUAUCUUCAAUAGCGGAUCGUUCCUUUGCCGAAUUAAGCACUUUAACUUAUUUACGUUUAAAUGGAAACCAACUUACUGCCCUUCGAAUAGCAAUGUUCUCGUCCUUGAAAAAUUUAAAAGAUUUGUAUCUUGAGAGAAAUAGCUUAUCCUCAAUAGAGGAUCGUUCCUUUGUCGAACUAAGCGCUUUAACAUAUUUAAAUAUAAAUGAAAACCAACUUACUGCCCUCCGUAAAGCAAUAUUCUCGUCCAUGCAAAAUUUAAAAUAUUUGUAUCUUGAGAGAAAUAGCAUAUCAUCAAUAGAAGAUCGUUCCUUCGUCGAACUAAGCGCUUUAACAUAUUUAGAGUUAAGUGAAAACAAACUUACUGCCCUCCGAAAAGCAAUGUUCUCGUCCUUGCAAAAUUUAAAAGAUUUGUAUCUUGAAAUAAACAGCAUAUCAUCGAUAGAAGAUCGUUCCUUUGUCGAACUAAGCGCUUUAACAUAUUUACGUUUAAAUGGAAACCAACUUACUGCCCUUCGAAAGGCUAUGUUAUCGUCCUUGAAAAAUUUAAAAUAUUUGUAUCUUGAGAAAAAUAGCAUAUCAUCAAUAGAGGAUCGUUCCUUUGUCGAACUAAGCGCUUUAACAUAUUUGGAUUUAAAAGAAAACCAACUUACUACCCUCCGAAAAGCAAUAUUCUCUUCCUUGCAAAAUUUAAAAUAUUUGUAUCUUGAAAGAAAUAGCAUAUCGUCAAUAGAGGAUCGUUCCUUUGUCGAACUAAGCGCUUUAACAUAUUUGGAUUUAAAAGAAAACCAACUUACCGCCCUCCGAAAAGCAGUGUUCUUGUCCUUGCACAGUUUAAAAUAUUUGUAUCUUGAAAGAAAUAGCAUAUCAUCAAUAGAGGAUCGUUCCUUUGUCGAACUAAGCGCCUUAACAUAUUUAGAUUUAAGUGAAAACCAACUUACUACCCUCCGAAAAGCAAUGUUCUGGCCCUUGCAAAAUUUAAAAGAUUUGUAUCUUGAAAGAAAUAGCAUAUCAUCAAUAGAGGAUCGUUCCUUUGUCGAACUAAGCGCCUUAACAUAUUUGGAUUUUAAAGAAAACCAACUUCUUGCCCUCCGAAAAGCAAUGUUUUCGUCCUUGCAAAAUUUAAAAUAUUUGUCUCUUGAGAGAAAUAGCAUAUCAUCAAUAGAAGAUCGUUCCUUUGUCGAACUAAGAGCUCUAACAUAUUUUCGUUUAAAUGGAAACCAACUUACUGCCCUCCGAAAAGCAAUGUUCUCGACCUUGCAAAAUUUAAAAGAUUUGUAUCUUGAGAGAAAUAGCGUAUCAUCAAUAGAGGAUCGUUCCUUUGUCGAACUAAGCGCUUUAACAUAUUUAGAUUUAAGUGAAAACCAACUUACUGCCCUCCGAAAAGCAAUGUUCUCGUCCUUGCACAAUUUAAAAUAUUUGUGUCUUGAGAGAAAUAGCAUAUCGUCAAUAGAGGAUCGUUCCUUUGUCGAACUAAGCGCUUUAACAUAUUUAGAUUUAAGUGAAAACCAACUUACUGCCCUCCAAAAAGCAAUGUUCUCGACCUUGCAAAAUUUAAAAUAUUUGUAUCUUCAGAGAAAUAGCAUAUCAUCAAUAGAGGAUCGUUCCUUUGUCGAACUAAGCGCUUUAACAUAUUUAAAUUUAAAUGAUAACGAACUUACUGCCCUCCGAAAGGCAAUGUUCUCGUCCUUGCAAAAAUUAAAAGAUUUGUAUCUUGAGAGAAAUAGCAUAUCAUCAAUAGAGGAACGUUCCUUUGUCGAACUAUGCGCUUUAACAUAUUUGGAUUUAAAAGAAAACCAACUUACUGCCCUCCGAAAAGCAGUGUUCUUGUCCUUGCACAGUUUAAAAUAUUUGAAUCUAGACAAAAAUAACAUAUCAUCAAUAGAGGAUCGUUCCAUUGUCGAACUAAGCGCUUUAACAUAUUUAAAUAUAAAUGAAAACCAACUUACUGCCCUCCAAAAAGCAAUGUUCUCUUCCUUGCAAAAUUUAAAAUAUUUAUUUAUUACUCUUGAUGAAAAUUUUCAUUGUUGCUCUCGUCUUCAUUAUGAAAAUCUAAAUUAUAAAAGUGAACGAUGCACUUUUGAGAGGGAAAUUAAAGAAUACAACAGUUUUAAUAAAAACAAUUGUACUGCAUUGAAGCCUCCGAGUCCUACUUAUCAAAGUACGUUUACUCCCGACAAUACCCCGACGGGCCUGCCCUCCUCUUCACCAAGCACUCAAGCCAAUACGCCGGUAAUCCCACUCAUUCCUCACUAUCCGGGCAGCGACAGCAUUUAGGAUUUCUAAUUUUUAUGUAUGGCUAGCGCUAAGCUUAGUCCUUUCCUGCAUUUCUUAA